AUGGCCACCGGGCUGCCGGGGCUGCUGGGACCGAAGCUGCUGCGAGGUGGCCAGGAGAUCGACACGGCGUCCGUGUGCAGCGGCACGGUGGCGCUCUACUUCUCUGCCCACUGGUGCCCGCCAUGCAGAUCCUUCACGCCGCUUUUCUCGAAGGUCUACAAGCGGAGCAAGGAGCAGGGCAAGUCUUUCGAAGUGGUGUUCAUCUCCUCCGACCACGACGAGUCGUCCUUCCAGGAGUACUACGGCACGAUGCCGUGGCUGGCGCUGCCUUUCCACAACAGCGCGCAGCGGCAGAGCCUCGGCACGGCGUUCGGCAUCCGGGGCAUCCCCGCGGUGGUGCUGGUGUCUGGCGGCGGGUCGCUGAUCGACAGGAGUGCAAACGCGAAGGUCAUGUCGCCAGGCUUCCUGGCCUCGCUCCCGCGCGUGCUGGACGUCGAGGGCGACGUGGGGCCACUGCCAGCAGAGCCAGUCCCCGUGCGCAUCCGCCACCGCGGUCGGGUCGUGGAGGUCGAGGUGGACCCCGACGACGACUGGGAGAUCUUGCGAAUGCAGGUAUUCUCCGCCACCGAGGUGCCCGUGGAGCAGCAGCGCCUUUUCGGCCUCGGCGCGCCGAGGGGGCCCCUCCGCGAGGACGUGGCGCUGGCGCGGGCGCUGGCCGUCGGCCUGCGGGCGCAGCGGGGCUCCGGCCUGGUCGUGGCGGGCGUGCCCGAGUCGGCCAGGAGCGCGUCGAGCACGCAGAAGGCCUGGAGCGCCAAGCAGGACGACAAGGAGCCCUGGUACCAGAUGGACCUGGGUGCAGCGAGGUCGGUCGCCGGGGUCGUCGUCGCUCCCCGGGCUGGCAACCCCGUUCAGUGGGUUACAAAGUUCAAGGUGUCGGUCGCCACGGCCGAGACUGGGCCCUGGCAGCCCGCGGGCGAAGAGUUCGCAGGGUGCGUCUCGGAAGUGGGAUCGUGCCGGGCCGUGUUCCCAGCGGCCAUGGAAGCGCGCUUCGUCAGGGUCCACCCGACCGAGUACAAGACUCGGGAAAAGCAUUGUUCGCUGCGUGCGGACGUGCUCCUCGCUGGGGACGCCCCGGACCUGCCACCUGAGAUCGUGGUGCUGGGGAACUUCUCACAAGGAGAUCCGUUUGAGGUGGCUGGGGAAGCCGCGAACGCUUCGGCACUGGACACAAGCGCCAAGAUGAUGGAGGAGCAGCACCUCGCGAUGUUGCAGGCAAAGCUGAGCGCUCUGCCGCAGCGGCUGCAGGCCCUGGCAAAUACCUUCCAGCGGACGUUGAAAUAUGACGAUCUCGAUCUGCAGCGGCAGGCUUUGGACCAGAUCCCCGUGUGCGCACUGGACGCGCUUGCAACGGCUAGCGAGGGGGCGUGCUCUCCCGAGAGCGGGGGCUACGAGAUUGCCUUCAUGCGCCAGCUCCUGCGGUGGUUCAAGCACUGCUUCUUCUCCUGGACCAACGCCCCGCGCUGCGACAACUGCGGGGGUGCCACGAAGGCGGUGGGCAGGGCUGAGCCGACGCAGAUCGAAAAGUCGUUUGGCGCUGGCACCGUAGAAGUCUACCAGGGCCCCUGUGGUCAGCACACGCGUUUCCCGAGGUACAACGAUCCAGGCAAGUUGCUGGAGACGAGGACGGGGCGGUGUGGCGAGUGGGCCAACUGUUUCACCCUGGUGUGCCGCGCACUGGGCUACGAGGCGCGGUGGGUGCAAGAUUGGACUGAUCACGUCUGGACGGAGAUCUACAGCGACAGCUGGGGCCGCUGGGUCCACGCGGACUCCUGCGAGGCUGCAGUAGACUGCGCGCUGAUGUACGAGAAGGGGUGGGGCAAAAAGCUCACCUACUGCGUGUCCUUCGCGCGCGACAACGUCCGCGACGUGUCCAGGCGCUACACCCGAAACUACGAGGCUAUGCUGGCGCGGCGCGGCGAGUUCCGCGAGCAGGAACUGUCCAGGGCACUGACCGCGGUGGACGAAUUCGCCGCCGAGCGUUCCCUGGCCCGCCUCUCCGCCGCUGCUGCAGAGCCGAGGCGGAGACUGCUGGAGGCGAGGGCGGAGCAGGAGGAGAAGGAGCUGGCUAGCUGCAUCACCCAGGGUGGGUCCGUGAAGGAGGGGGAGCAGGUCGGGCGCACCAGCGGGGACAAGGACUGGAGAGACCAGCGCGGGGAGCUCGGCUCCACAGCGGAGGCCCGCGAGAGAGCCAUCGCCUGCUCCGACAGCGGCGUCGGCGGAGGCGGCGCGCAGCCCGUGCCGGGCAGCUGGUGGAACUCUGCGGAGAACGCCAGCUUCGUGGACGGAGUACUCUCGGCGGACUUGCGGUGCUGCGACGGCUCGAUGCGCCGCUGCUCCGUCAGGGUGGAGCCUGGUGCCGCGUACGACAACACCGACGGCGCUUUCGAGCGGUCGGGCUGCUCGGCCGACAACGUGCCCGGGAGCUGGCUGGGGUCUGCCGAGAACGCCCGGCUGGUGAAUGGGAUCCUCUCUGCGGACCUGAGGUGCUGCGACGGGUCGACGCGCCGCUGCUCCGUCGAGGUGGAGCCCGGCGCCUCCUACGCCAACAUCGACGGCUCCUUCCGGCGGGAGGGGGCGCCCGCGCCCGCCGCGGCGCCGCCGGCGGCGCCGCCGGCGGCGCCGGGGGCGCCUCCAGCCCUGAGCAAGGAGGAGAUGCAAGCGCUCGUCAAGGCGGCCUUCCAGAAGUUGGUUGCCUCGGGCGUGCCCCCGAAUGAGGCAGCUGUGCAGGCUAUGCAGCAGGUGAAAGACAGGAAAUUCCAGCCGCCACCACGCGAUGCCUGA